AUGAGUGACUACCAUCAAGGUGUAAGACUUCAUUUCGUCAAGUGCGAGAUUAUGAAAUUGAAACUAUAUUGGGGCGUCAUUAUCCCGCCCAAUGUUAGGCAGAACCAUGUGAUUUCUAGUGGUUUCUGUAUUUGCAUUUCGCAGACCGGACUCAGUGAACUGAUGUUGGCUCAGGUUAUAUCAAAGUUGACAGACAGGAGGGCUACUCAUGUACCAUUUAGGUACUCUCUCUCUUUGGCAGUUUUGUCUGGGGUCAUUUUUGUCUUUCUACCUUCUCAUCUAUGGCAGGUCGCGUGUAGCUGUCUCCCAACAGCUGUUCGUCUCCUCCUUCUCUCUCUCUCCACCUUCAUUGUUCAACUCCUGAAACGAAGAGAAGGAAAAAAGAAAGAGGAGGAGGCUGCCAAUCGGAAAGCUAAGAAACUAAAUGUCCGCUUCCGCCCGCUCAUCGGCGAUGACCGGCUGGUUGCGUUACUGUGGCCCCCGCGAAACCUCAGGGUCGUUCGGUGCUGGGAUACUGAAAAUGGAGACAGGGCCUUGUUCCUCGGCGACGAAAGUUACAUUCAAAAGGAGAUGUUUGUUGAGGUGGGACAAGUUGAAAUUUCCUCUACUUUAGUUCAAGUUUUGGAGUUAUUGGCGGUCAAGAAUGAGUAUUUGGCUUUUGCACCGAAUACAAAUGAAACCAGGAUGAUGAUCGAUGUAUUAUCCUUAAAAUUUCCUCUACUGAAGGUACCCACUGCAGUACUGUGUUCUUGUUCUUGUAAUUCAUUUUCUUUCUUCUCCGGUUGUUCAGCCGUGAUAAGUAUGUUACUCAUUUCCUUGAAUCACAGUAUUGUCUGCAUGCGUUGGCACAUGAUUGCAUGUGUAUUUGCUGAUCAAAUGAAUAAUUGCACUGCAACUGAUCAGUUAAAUGGUUUGUUCUUGGAAAGUUUGACGUGUUGAAUCACAGAGAUAGAGACAUGGAAAAUACUAUUCUAGGCUUUGAAAACUUGCUCUGCUGUUCUACACAUCUGUAUGUUGAAUUUAUGCAAGGGGCUAUAGACAUGGUCCCGAGAGAGCUAUAUUGAUGGACGUUGAAGUUAUAGAGAUGGUUCUACUUGCCGUUGUGGUUUCGUGUUGUGUGUAGUGCAACUGUAGAGCCAAUUGGGGCCCUGAUUCUUUUGGUGUUUACACAACUUUGCGCGGAAGUAUUCCAAUUCACAUAAUUUUACCUGAAACUCACAUUUAAUUUAUUGGGAAUUGAAAUGGUGUUUGGUAGUUUAGGUGAAUGUUUAAACCUUGUCAAAUAUAUGUAGUAAUUUUCAA